AAGAUGGAUAUGGCAUAUCGAAAUGCUGUUCAGCUUCACGUCGCCAAUCAAUUAGAAUACUUUUUGGAAUACAAUGAGAGGCCGCGAUUUCAAAUAAAUGAUGAUCCAUUUCAACUCUCAGAACGACAAUUCGUUAAACUCUUUCGAUUAAAAAAAGAUACUACAAUCAGACUGAUAAAUAUUGUAGAAGAACAUUCAGCAGUACCAUUACGAACUUCAGUUUUGAAUGCUACUGUACAGGUUUUAACUGCAUUACGUUUUUAUGCGUCUGAUAGCUAUCAAAAUUGCGUUGGAAGUAAUGUUCAUAUGCGUAUCAGUCAAACAUCAGUCAGCCGAUGCAUUCAUAACGUUACUAAUAUUCUGAACUUACCAGAAGUAUUUAACACAUGGGUGUACUUUCCUAAUAACAUACAGGAAUUACAAGAGAUACGUAACAAAUUUUGGAUAGAAAAGCGUUUUCCUGGAGCAAUUGGAUGUAUAGAUUGCACUCACAUUGCAAUAUUCCCACCUCCGAAAGGAGAUGCAAAUUAUCCUGAACAUAACUAUGUGAAUAGAAAAGGAUAUCAUUCUAUCAAUGUACAAUUGAUAUGUGAUCCUGAUCUUAGAAUUUUGAAUGUUAAUGCUCGAUAUCCAGGAAGCACUCACGAUUCGUACAUUUGGAAUAACAGUAAUAUUCUUCCAUUAAUGCGUGAUAUUUACAAUUGUGGACAUCAAUUUUUCUUACUAGGUGAUUCCGGUUAUGCGCUGAGACCAUGGAUGAUGACUCCAAUGUUAAAUGAUGAACAAAAUGAUGCAAUAUUAAGAUAUAACACUCGACAAAUAAGUACUAGAUCAUUAAUUGAAUGUUGUAAUGGUCUAUUGAAGAUGAGAUUUCGUUGCUUGUUCAAGCAUAGAGUCUUACAUUAUAAACCAGAUUUCUGUUCGAAGAUCAUUAACGCUUGUACAGUACUGCAUAAUAUGUGCAUUCAUGACAAGGUACCUGUACCUGAAGGAGAAGGUGAUUUAUUAGACUUUGCUUGGGAUGAUGUAGAUCCAAUACGUGAACCAGACAUAGGUGCAGCAAAUAGAAAUCCUGAAUUGUCAGCUGGGCGAAGAGUUCGUGAUAAUUUAAUAAGACGAUACUUUCAAUAAUACAAUACUUCUCUAGAAUUUUAUUAAUAUUUAAUAUUUUGUAAAAGGACAAA